AUGGUAUCCCUGGAUGUCACAGAAACAUCGAAAUCCCUCGCAGUGGCUGGAGGAUAUGUCACUUUCUUUGGAGUUUUCAGUUACUUCGUUAAAGAGAAGCUAUUUGUCUCGGAAGCGUUGAUCGCGUUGAUAGUAGGAAUCAUAACUGGGCCGGUGGCUCUAAAUUGGUUUAAUCCGUUUGAAUGGUCAGAAGAUCAGUCUUAUCUAACACAUCAAAUCACACGAGUCAUCAUCGCCAUUCAAGUUCUGUUUACAGGAAUAGAUUUACCUGCCAAGUAUUUAAAGAAAGAAUGGAUGUCACUCGCUACUUUGUUAGGACCAAUCAUGACUACGGCAUGGUUUGUCACCAGUCUACUCGUAUGGGGUCUCAUUCCUGGUUUGACUUUCUUGGAAAGUUUGGUCAUCGGAGCUUGUGUUACUCCCACUGAUCCAGUGCUGGCAAAUGCAAUCUGUAAAGGUCGUUUUGCAGAGAAACACGUUCCGUUACACGUACGAAACAUAAUCGUAGCAGAAGCAGGUGCGAACGAUGGUCUGGGGUUUCCUUUUCUCUUCUUAGCGAUUUACUUGAUCCUCAUCCAUGAACCAACUCAUCCUCAACAUAACAUCGGAGGAGCUAUAGGAGAAUGGUUUUACAACAUAAUAUUCUAUCAAGUUACGUUAGCUAGUAUUAUCGGAGCUGGAAUGGGUUUCCUCGCGAGAAAGUUACUCCGUUUUGCCAAACACAGACAACUCAUCGAUCACGAGUCUUUCUUAUCUUUCGGUAUCGCUUUGACAUUCUUUACCCUUGGUUGGGUCGGAAUGAUCGGAUCAGACGAUAUUUUCUGUUGUUUCAUCGUCGGAAACUCCUUCACAUGGGAUGAUUGGUUCCGGCUGGAAACUGAAGAACAUGGUUUCCAGGAUGUCAUCGAUCAGCUACUAAACAGUGCAAUUUUCUUAUACGUUGGAGCGAUCAUACCUUGGUCGGACUUCACUAAGUACGGGCUCGCCCCGUGGAGAAUGGUGGUCUUGGGUCUACUGGUAAUGUUGUUAAGACGAUUACCUUGGGUUUGGGCACUAUCGAGGUGGAUCCCCUCAUUGAAAACGACGAGAGAAAGUCUGUUCGCAGGUUGGUUUGGACCUAUUGGUGUAGGAGCUGUUUUCUAUGUUCAAGUCGCCCUUGAUGCUUUACCCGAGGAUGGUACUCGGGAACAUCUUCGCGAAGUCCUCUUGCCGACAGUCUAUUUCCUAGUCUUCACCAGUAUAGUAGUGCAUGGAGUAACUGUACCUCUGGGUAAAAGUGCUCAAAUGGCUAGAAGUAGGACACUACAAUUCACCAACAGUCAAAGUCGAACUUCAACCAAUACUGGAUUCGUGAGCAGUAACGAUAGAAUAUCAAGACUUCCUCCACCUGUUAUGAUUCCCAGAACCGAUUCCCCAGUAAGUAUGAGGGAUCGAGAUUCCACCAUGAACGGGAAUCAAACCACCAUCAAAUUCGAUGAUCAAGUCUCAGCUGGUAUGAGUAACAAUAACGGUUCCAAAUCCGCAAAUCACUCAAGAUCAAACUCAAGAAGAGUUUCUUUAGACAAGCAGAAUAAUGACACGAACACAAAUUCUCCUUCUACUUCUUCGACUGCUGCUGCCGCUUCAAAUAAUGAACACAGGAGGAACAAUGAUCCGAAUGCAGAUCAAGGAGAAGAUUAUGGUAGAGAGACUGCCGCAGAUAGGAUGAAAGGAAGAAUUUGGAGAGAAGGUAGCCAUUUAGUAAAAGAGAGUGAGGAUGGCGAGAAGGUCACAAUUCUGCGAUAA